CAGGGAUCUGGAUUACAUGUUGUAUUCUGCAGCAGUUCACAUGCAGGCCGCUGGCUGGAUUUGGGCGUGAUGGACCUGACGUGACCAGAUUCUUUCCCUCCUUUUGGUCGUGGAGACGAACUGUCCGGUCAUGAGACGAGCUGUGAGGCUGCUGGUGGUGAUGAUGAUGAUGAUGAUGGUCCUGCUGGACUUCACAGGCUGUGUGUGGAUGCUGCCGCCUCCCAGCACAGUUUUCAUGGAGUCUGUCGACAUGAGACACGUACUGAGGUGGCGCCCGCCGGAGGCUUCCUGCAGCGCUGCAGUCCUUUACUCUGUGCAGUUUCAGGGUGAGUUCGAGCUGACGGUGCUGAACGGCAGCUGGGUGGACGCUCCCGAGUGCCAGCUGACCCCUCACACUCACUGCGACCUGACCUUUGACCUGGGCUCCGACUCGGACUACAACCUGCGUGUCAGAGCGCAGUGCGGCUCCAAGCUGUCGUCCUGGACCGACCUCAGCCCGCCUUUCAACCGCAGAGAAACGGUCCUGACGGCGCCGCAGACGGUGGUGACGGCGGUGGGCGGCGCCCUUCAGGUGUCCUUCAAAGAGCUUCCUCUCACUGCUGUCGUCCGCGUGACGGUGUGGAGGAGAGGCGACGAGCUGCAGGCUGAGGUUCACAUGAUACCAGCUGAGCAGAAGAUGCUGCACGUCGCCGACCUGCAGGAGGGAUCCGAGUACUGCGUCACAGCUCAGACCGUCGUGGACGCUCAGCUCCACAGCAGCAGCACCGACGCCCAGUGUGUCUCCAUCGCUGGUCCGGACGGCGCCUGGAAGAAGCCGACCGCUGUGACUGUGACGGUCGUCAUCAUGGCCACCCUCCUGUUCGCUGUCUUCUGGUCCGUCGUCCACUGUCGUCCAGACGUCUGUCUAACGUUUGUCCAUAAAGAGCCAGUGCCCCACUCACUGGACCCUGAUUGGGACAUUAAAAUCCCGGUGAGCCCGGAGGAGGCGGAGCUUUGUGAGCAGAUCCACGUGAGCGUCGAUCCACUGGCGAGUUAAGGAUCUCAAAUUCUGAAGAGUCACCACGAAACGGCGACUUCAGCGGCUGAAAAAAAGAAGUGUGUCGACUUCCUGUGAGAUGUCCACACAGUCUGUGAGACAGCUCCGCCCCUCGCUCCUCCACAGCUCCUUCCUCUCAGCCAAAUACGAUCUCCUCUGGCUCCAGAAAACAGCCAAAAGCUGAAUUUGAGGCUCCAAAAUGGGAGUCAACAAACCCAAACAUUACAUUGCGGUGGCUACGUCCAACACGACAUUUUAGAAUCCCAAAAGUUGAACCUGGGAACUUUAUGUUGUACGCUAAUGUUUCGGGAAGAUGCUGCUGAGCUCAACUUUCCGAGUUUUCAGCCUGUUCUCAUUUAGAGGCCGUUAAAUGCCGCCACUUUUGAAGUGGUUUGGGCGUAAGAAUUUGACGCCAAAAGCCACCUUUCGUGUUUGCAUGAUACGCCGCUGGACGGUGUCAAGUUGAAACGCUGCCGCUAAGGACGUAAUAUGAGUAGCAUGAAGAUUCCUAAAGGGCGGGCAGGAGGGGCGGUUGAUGGAUCCAACAGAGACAUAUGGGAGUCUGGUGUUAGCUUCCCGUCUGAAUUUGAUGUUUUUUUUUCUUCCAGCUGCCCUGUGCCUCCUUCCCCUAAUCCGAACUGUUCGAGCCACCAUGUGCGUUUGUCAAUGUCCUGCCGUUUGUUGCCAUGUGCUUUUAUUGUCUAAACAUAACCACAUGCAGCAAAAUCCCACCAUGUGCUUAUGCUGACAUCACAGAAGCAGCAUACUCCAACGUCAGCAGCAGACGCAGAGGAGACCCGGAGCGUAAUAUGUGGAUGCAGGAGGAGACCUGGAGCGUAAUAUGUGGAUGCAGGAGGAGACCCAGAGCGUAAUAUGUGGACGCAGGAGGAGACCUGGAGCGUAAUAUGUGGACGCAGGAGGAGACCCGGAGCGUAAUAUGUGGACGCAGGAGGAGACCUGGAGCGUAAUAUGUGGACGCAGAAGUCGAUGACA